AAGAAGUCGAAGAAGAUUUCACAGCCUUUGUUGGGAAAAAAACUCAUCGAAGAGACCAAGAACUGUUCAGAAGCAAGUGUAUAGAAAUUAACACAGACCCUUAUGAGGAAACAUUAUCAAAGGGAUCCUGAUGGUGAUAUCGCUCAAGGCUGGUCCCUAGAUUACUUUUACGGUUUUACGAAUGCGUGCCACUUGCGUAUGAAACAGGAGGAAUGCAACUUGGGAUCUUUCUCCCGUUUGAUUUUUCAACAAAGAAAUCUCAACGUUUACUAUGAAGAGAAGCUUUUCGAUCUGACACUGGGGCAAUGUCUUAGGCUCUUAGCAUUGGAUCUGAGCUACAAUCUUCAAAUUUCGCAUAUUCCUGGAGACGGAGAGAGGUACUUAGGAAAAAUAGAGUUUCGACGAAUCCAUUGGAGAGUCGGAGAUAUUCGUCUAUAUUGUAUGUGCGUAUGUAGAAGUAUAAAAAUAUUUAGAACUCAAAUACUUAGCAAAACUAAUUGAAAAUCAAGUUGAACUAACUAAUUGAAAACCAAGUUGCACUGAGUUAAGGAAACAAUCGGAGGAUGAGAUAUAGAGAGAUACUAUUUUCUGGAUUUUGCGUUCUGUUUGUAUACUUAUUUUAAACGGUGGAAAAAAGAGUUUCCAAAUUGAAAGGAAGAUAACUGAUAAGUUUUUGGUUCUUACCGAUAAAUUAUUUGUUUCAAUGGGGUAGAUUGAAGAAGUCCAUUUUUUU